UUUGACACAAUAUUUAUAUAUAAAGAGUCGAAUUCUGAGUGACAAAUCAACAGAACGAACGAUGAUGUGUACAUGGAAGGUGCUGGCUGUUUGUCUGCUAUUGCAAAGCGUGUACGCUUACCUGCCGUUGAACAAUGAAUCACUAAUCCCGAAAGGUGUCGAAAUAUUAAAAGAAAAUGCUGAAAAAUUAUUCGAGGCGUUAUUUCAGCCGUCACAACGAAAGGAUUCAUCUGCAGGCGACUCUGCGCUCCUGGAAAUAUGCGGUGACUUGUAUGCUGAACAAGUCGAGGCCACUUUGUAUAAUGGCGGAUUUGUCAUAAGGCAAUGUAUUCGUGACGAUAUCUACAUACUGGAAGCCUACAUGAAGUUUCAUGGCGUUGAGAAAAUACAACAGAAAUUUCUGGAAGGCAUUGAAAGAUGCUCUCUGCGCAACCCAACGAACGCCAAAAUUAAAUGCUAUUCCCAUUUGAUUUUUAAGCUUUUCAACGAACUGAACUAUGUUUCGGGUGAUAUACCUUACAAAGAAGAAAAUUGCAUAAAUAUUAAAUUGUGGCGAAUGGUGAGCAAAUUGGCGAAGGUAUCCGGUAAAUACGAACGCUGUUUGUCAAUUAGUAGCUCCAAUAAUAAUACAUCACCGCCACC